AUGGCGCAUGAAGAUGAGGACUGGUUCCACGGUCUGCUCCCCCGGGAAGACCUGGCCAUCCUGCUCCGGAACCCAGGGGACUACCUGCUGCGCAUCAGCCAAGUGAAGCCCACCGAGGAGCGCAAGCUCAUCCUGAGCCUCGCGUACAUCAACGACAAGAAGACCACCUUGGGCCACUACAUCAUCGUCAAAGAAAAAGACCCGCCCAACCACUACACCAUCGACAACACGCUGAAGGGGGAGACGGUGCCGAACACCCUCCUCGUCACCCCCGUCACUCGCGCACCCUGGGAGCUCCGGCACGAGCACGUCAAGACCGAAACGAAACUCGGAGAAGGUGCAUUCGGCGACGUCUACUCGGGAAAGUUGAAGAUGCACGACGGCGCUGAGAUCGAGGUCGCCAUCAAGCUCGCCCACUCGCAAGCCAUGGACAAGGAAAAGAUCAAGGAGCUGAUGAAAGAAGCGCGGUUGAUGAGGAAUUUCGCCCACCCCAACGUCGUCCGGAUCUACGGAGUAGCGGUGCUCAGGGAGCCGGUUAUGAUCGUCAUGGAAUUGGUCGAUGGAAACGCGCUCGACAAGUUCCUGAAGCUCAACGGCGACAAGCUCGAGCGGGUCGACAAGCUGGCGAUGAUUUUGUGGCUCUCGCCGGAGACGCUGACGACCUUCAUCUUCACGCGCAGAAGUGAUGUGUGGGCGUACGGCGUAUUGAUAUGGGAGAUCUACGCGAACGGAGAAGAGCCGUAUCCCGGCGUCUCAGUGGCCGCCACGAAGCAGAUGGUGUUGAGCGGCCAACGACCGGUUUUCCCCGAAGGCACCCCUCCCGAAGUCGUGAGCCUCGUCACCGCCGACAUCUGGGAGGUCAACGUCGAGAAGCGCAUCACGAUGACGGCGAUCGCACUGAAGCUGGAAGCCCUGACGCAGCGCGGCCCGCCCGACCAGCAGAACUCGGUGCGGAAAUGUGCAGCAACGCCCGCAAACGGCCCUCUCCACCCGGCCCACCCAGUUCCCCAUCAGCAAGUGAGGCAAGCGCCAACCAAGUUCAUCCCUGAAAGGAUCUCCCGGCGCUCCGGGCGCGCCAAGAAGAAUGCGAGCGGCUCGGGCCAUCGUCACAAA